CUUUUCGUGGCCAUAAUGAAUCCCUUACUUCUCUAAACAAGGGAAAUUUUAGAGAGAUGGUAGAUUGGGUAAAAUCUAAUAAUGAACAAGUGAGAGAUGCUUUUGACCGUGGUGCAAAAGAUUGCAUAAUGAUUUCCGGUGACAUUCAAAAGGCAUUUGCAACGUCUUGUGCACAUGAAGUUACCAAGGUGAUUAUGGAAGAGCUUGGUGAUAGACAAUUAUUCGUGCUUAUUGAUGAGUCACGUGAUAUAUCCGUCAAAGAACAAAUGGCGGUGAUGUUUAGGUUUGUGAACGACAAAGGGGAAGUUGUGGAACGAUUUCUUGCUCUACAUCAUGUCAAAGAUACUACAUCCGAGGCACUAAAGGAUGCUCUUUAUAGUAUUCUUGAUCGUCACAUGUUAUCUAUUUCAAGGUUAAGAGGGCAAGGAUAUGACGGGGCUUCAAAUAUGAGAGGUGAAUUUAAUGGUUUGCAAAGAAAGAUUCUAGAUGAAAAUCCUUAUGCUUUAUAUGUUCAUUGUUAUGCUCACCGUUUGCAAUUGGUGGUUGUGUCCAUUACUAGUAGUUGCUCAUCUAUUUAUGAUUUCUUUGAGUACAUCUCCUUGAUUGUAACCACAACAAGUGCAUCUUGCAAGAGAAUGGAUGCUUUGAAGGAGGCACAACACAAUGAUAUUUUGGGUCGACUUGAAAGUGGUGAGAUAUCUAAAGGAAGGGGAUUGCACCAACAAUCUAGUCUCGCUAGAGCCGGAGAUACUAGAUGGGGUUCACAUCAUACUACCUUGAUUCGUUUGGAUCAAAUGUGGUCCUCCGCGUUAAAUGUGCUUAGUACGGUUGAUGGAGUUGGACGUGUUCAAAGUCAAGCGGCGGGUUUGAUAGAAAAAAUGGAGUGUUUUAAAUUUGCUUUCAUUUUGAAGUUAAUGUUAAAGUUGUUGGGUAUCACAAAUGAGCUUUCAAAAAUCUUGCAAAGAAAGGAUCUUAAUAUUGUAAAUGCCAUGAAAUUAGUUGAUGAUGUCAAAGCUCGGUUGGCCACAUUGAGAGAGAGUGGUUGGGAUGAUUUAUUUGUUAAUGUCCAAAAAUUUUGUAUUGCUAAAGGUAUUCCGGUGCCAAAUAUGGAUGAAGAAAUACCGGUUCGGGGUCGUUCAAGGCUAGAAGGAAGGACUGUCACUAAUCUUCAUCAUUAUCGUGCAGAGAUUUUUUAUGUUGCUGUUGAUAAAAUAUGCGUGGAGAUGGAUCACCGCUUUAGUGAAGGAAGUAACAUUGUGCUUAAUUGUUUCUCAUGUCUUGACCCCAAGAAUUCUUUCUCAAAGUUUGAUGUUGAUAAGCUUGCUCGUCUUGCUGAUAUUUAUCAUGCAGACUUUUCUAAUGAAGACCGUGGAACAAUAAAGGAGCAACUUGAGACUUUUAUAGUUCACGUGAAAAGACAUGUUUCAUUUUCUACUUGUGGAGAUGUUCAAAGUUUGGCUAUGAAGAUGGUUCAAACUGAUAAACAUUUUGUAUUUCCAUUGGUCUACAAACUUAUUGAGUUGGCUUUGAUAUUACCGGUGUCGACAGCAUCCGUUGAAAGGGCUUUUUCAGCAAUGAAGAUUAUUAAGACUAAAUUGCGCAACAAGAUCAACGAUAAAUGGUUCAAUGACUUGAUGAUAUGUUACACCGAGCGGGAGAUAUUCAAGUCACUUGAUGACGUUGAUAUCAUCCGAACCUUCACCGCAAAAAGAUCUCGGAAAGGACAUUUGCCUCCUAAUUUUAUGUAGUAACUAUUGGCUCCAAUAUAAUCCUGGCUCCGCCAGUGAUACA